GAGCUCGCUCUCUCUCUCUCUCUCACAGACACGCGAGCGGCGAGCGAGACCCUCUCUCUCUUGGAUCAUUGGAUGGAUGGAGCAGAAGCGCAAGCCCAGCAAGCACAAAACACCGGGCGAAGAAUCGCAAGGGGAGGAACAGGAAUUUGUGGAGGACGAGACUGCCGAGAUUUUCUAGUCCAGCACUGCUUAUAAGUUCUUCUUUGAUCAAGGGGGACGCCAAGAUAUCGAUCCCGUUUCUUACGCGGAGCCGCAGCUGAUAAAUUCAUGGGCUAUGAUUUUUAUAACUUGGGUCUGCGUGUGGUCCGCAUCUACUGCAAGCGUGCUACUUGGGUUUGCAGCUCUGGAUCGAUGCGGUGGUGAAUCGCGAAGUCUUUGAUCCGUAGCACCUAGAGUCUUACAAAAGGUAGAGAAGCUCUUUUCUUCAGCAGCAGCGGAGAAUCGAGCCAUCCCCGGAGCCAUUCGUUUCCGGUGUGUGUUGCGGUCACUGCAGAAGCUUUGCUCACACAAUUCCAGUCGAGGGUCGCAUUCUUUUCCUCAUAAGUCUCCACAGAAAGUUACACACUGGGAGGAGGGCAAAGGAUAAGAACGGUUACGUGCCUAAGAUCAUCGCUUCUCUCCCCUAAGAUCACCACAGUUUUACUUCCAAGUUUCUCUAGUUUUCCAAGAUCAUGGCUGGGGGUUACGCGCCAACGAAAUUCGCAAACAUGGAGGAAUGGCUCGUCGAAGGUUUGAUAGAGCAGGCAGCGGAGGGACUCACAACCUCGCCGCCGCCGCCGCCGCCGCCGCCAUUAGCACCAACAUCAUCCAUGGCGGCACCAAGAACGGAACACGAGGACAUGGAUCCGCGCGGCAGCAAGGUUUCACUGUCAGAUAGCGAGAUCAUGUCGGCCAUAUCAGGACAUCCGCAGUACAAGGAGCUCCUGCGAGCACACAUGAAUUGCUACAAGUUCUCGCCUCUCUCUCAGGUUGGAGCUUCCGCGGAUUUGGCGGCCCAGAUGGACGAGCUCGUUCGGAAGCGUGAAUUCGAGAGUGCCGUCAAGACGAGCAUUGGAGUUGAUCCAGAGCUGGAUCAAUUCAUGGUUGCUUACUGCAAUGUCCUCAACGCCUAUGAGAUCGAGCUGCGGAGAACUUUCAAAGAGGCCAUCGAGUUUUGCAAGAAGCAAGAGCACCAGCUCAGUGUCAUCGCAGUUAGCAACAUCGACGUGCUCUCUUCUGCGGAGAACGAGGAUGCGAGUGAAACAUACGAGGAUUUCAUGGAGGAGGCCGAGAGCGGCGGGAUUGGAGAGGUGGACACCGAUUUGGAUCCACUGGCGGGCGACAAGGAGCUCAAGAAGGUCCUGAUGAAGAGGUAUGGAGGUUACAUCAAGGGCCUGACGCAGGAAUAUCUCAAGAAGAAGAAAAAGGGGAAGCUCCCCAAGGAAUCGAGGCAGCAGCUGCUGGACUGGUGGUCACAGCACCAGGAUCAUCCGUAUCCCAAUGAGAACCAAAAGUCGAAUCUCGCGCAAUCCACCGGCCUGGACCCAAAGCAGAUCAACAACUGGUUUAUAAACCAGCGAAAGCGGCACUGGAAUCCACAGGCAGUGCGUGGGGAAUCGUCACAGCAGCGAGACGCCAAAUCCAGCAGCUAAUAAUGUAAAAACUCUCAUGACCAAGAAAGAAAACCAAAACAAAGAACGAGCGAGAACUUAGUGUGUAGAAUCGAAUCUAAAAGACACGAUAUUUCUCCACGCAAA